UCCAGCUUCCAGCACAAGUCCCGCCUGCUGAGCUUCGCUCUCUCCACUCUCCCACUCUCUCCUACUGAACUCGCUGGUCUCGUCUGUUUGACCACUUGAACAGAGACCAUGCAGAAGUGCCGGGCCGCCAAUUCCGCCUUGGGGUCGAGGACAAUCGUCCCCCCCACCCCUCGAGUCCAAUUGCAGUCGCAGCGCCGCAAUCUCCAGGAUGUUGCUAUUUCCCGGACCGGAAAGCCGAUCCUGAAGGUUCAGGGUGGACGGUCGUCUUUGGGAGGUCACACCGCGACUGUCUUCGGUGCUACUGGUUUCCUGGGCCGAUACAUUGUCAACAAGCUCGCUACGCAGGGAUGCAACGUUGUCGUUCCCUACCGCGAGGAGAUGGCCAAGAGACACCUGAAGCCGACUGGUGAUCUCGGACGUGUCACCUUCAUCGAAUACGAUCUGCGUAACACCCAGUCGAUCGAGGAGAGUGUCCGUCACUCCGACAUUGUCUACAACCUUGUCGGUCGCCAGUAUCCUACCAAGAACUUCUCGUACACCGAUGUCCAUGUCGACGGCGUGGAGCGCAUCGUUGAGGCCACUGCCAAGUACGACAUCGACCGUUUCAUCCACGUCUCUUCCUACAACGCGAACAAGGACUCUCCCUCCGAGUACUUCGCGACCAAGGGAUGGGGAGAGGAAAUCGUUCGCUCCAUCUACCCCGAGACCACCAUCGUCCGACCCGCCCCGAUGUUCGGUUUUGAGGACAACCUCCUCCACAAGCUUGCUGGCGUGACUAACCUUUUCACCGCCAACCACAUGCAGGAGCGCUUCUGGCCCGUUCACGCCAUCAACGUCGGUGCUGCCCUCGAGCUUAUGCUCCACGACGACUCCACCGCUGGUCAGACCUAUGAGCUUUACGGCCCCAAGAACUACUCGACUGCUGAGAUUGCCGAGCUGGUCGACCGCGAAAUCAUCAAGCACCGCCGCCACAUCAACAUUCCCAAGCGCGCCCUGAAGCCUCUGGCGUACUACCUGAACAAGUUCAUCUGGUUCCCCACCAUGUCCGCCGACGAGGUGGAGCGCGAGUUCAUGGACCAGCAGAUUGACCCGACUGCUAAGACCUUCAAGGACUUGGGCAUUGAGCCUGAUGACCUGGCCAAUCUGACUUUCCACUACCUGAAAGGAUACCGUAGCGCCUCGUACUACGACCUGCCCCCUGCCACGGAGCGGGAGCAACGGGAGGAGAAGAAGUACCUGCACGUCCUGGACACCCAGUAGUGGAUUGUGUUUCUUUAAUGUAUAUAAGUUACUAGACUCGAAGUUUUCCCAUUUGUUGUUGAA